AGUGGCGCAUGUACACUUUGUAACGACGAUUCGCUGCUGCAGACUGUUGAAGACAUUUUACAAUAAUACACAGCUAAAGUCGCACUUAAGGAAAGACACAGAACCAAUGCACUGGCCCCAAUCUUCACACAUCCACGUUGUAGGACAUUAGUGCGGCGUAAUUCGGAAGUCGAACUGUAGCGGUGAGAUCCAGAGAAACUGUAACUUACGUAAGAUGUCGAGCGAUCUGGACUGAGGAAUAAACUAACGCCGCCACCGCGGUCAGUUCCUGUCCAGACACAACGGUCCACAUCAUUUGGACCUUGGGCUCUGGGCUUGACUAGUAUGAAGAUGGCAGAUUCAGUAAAUACAGGAGAAUUUGUUGAUGCUGAGUGUCCCACUGAGUGCCUUGAUGAAGCAGAAACAGUCACAGCAUCUGUUCAAGAAGAGCAAGAAGAUCAACAAAAGAGUGAGACCUCCACCAGCAUCACUUCCACUCAAAAGGAUAAGGAUGGGGACAGCCUUUUGCACACAGAGAGUGAACAAAGCCUGCUGUCUAUGCCAUGCCUGAUGAAGGAGCUCAGGAGAGACUCCGCAGGGUCUCAUCAAGCCUCUUCUAGUAGUGACAACAAGGCCGUGUCUAACCGUGUUUAUGAAAGCGACUCCUCAAACCCUUGUAUGCUGUCCCCCUCUUCUAGUGGGCACCUUGCGGAUUCAGACACACUUUCAUCAGGGGAAGAAGUAGCUGCCCCUCCAGCGUGUGAAGGUGAAGACAACAUGGAAGCUUUACCUGAUUCAGAACAGACAGUUGACCAGCCAUCUUCCUCUACAACUGGAGGCAGAAAGUCCCGCCGCUCUCGGUCAGAGAGUGACAUGCCUUCAAAUGCUAUGGCUGCAAAGAAAAAUCGAUGUCAGACAACUGCAGAAGCAGCUACGGGACAAGAAAAACAAACAAAUGGCAAAGUGGGAAAGGUGAAAGGGCACCGGAGCCAAAAACACAAAGAGAGAAUGCGUUUGCUCAGGCAAAAACGAGAGGCAGCAGCAAGGAAGAAGUACAACCUGCUGCAGGACAGCAGCACAAGUGACAGUGAGGUCACCUGUGACUCCAGCACCAGCUCCUCUGAUGAGGACGAUGACACUUCUGGAGGUAGCAAGACAAUCAGGACAGAUAUUCCAGACGGGCCACCAAUAGUUGGUCACUAUGAUAUUUCAGGCUCUGAUUCUAACCAGGAGAGUAUGAGUGUGGAGGCUGCCCGGCCCAGCGUGAUAAGGCAUGAGCUAAAAACACACAGAGGCCAAGUUAUGGCAGUGCACUCUGGGUGUAUAAGAGCUCUGAGCUCACUCUCAGGCAAUCCAGACGCACAACUUUUGCACAAGGAAAGUUCCCAACACAAGGGCCAGAUUAGUAUCGCCUCUUCUGACAGUGAGGUGGAAAUUGUCGAUGUGCAAGAGAAAGCACGGGGUGCUCAUCCAUAUGGAGGGGUGAUAAAGAGUUUGUCCUCAUGGAAAGAAAAUCCUGUAAAUCAGGUAACCAGCACAAAUCAGCCACAGCUUUGGACUUCCCCACAGCCAAACUGGGUUUCCCCACCUGAAGUAGUAGACCUCACCCUAGACGAGGAUAACGGACACAAGUACCUGCUUUAAACCUAUGCUAAAGACAUUUUUCAAUUCCCUUCCUAGUCCUUGCCUCACCUUCCUGUUACAGUUGGGAUUCUUACUCAACUUGGAGCUUUGGCUGCAACCUCUGGAGUCUGUCUGCUCCUGUGCACUUUUGAACAAGCAUGUAUUAAAGCCAUUCUCCUGAUCUAACAUUUUGGUAUUGGGCUGCUAACUAUAAACUUAGUUCAAAACAACAACACUAAAGUGCAGCUCAAAAUAUGAUAAAAGAGCAAUAUCUUAAAUUGAAAAUAAGUGGAAAAAUAUAUUACACACAUUUUUAUUGAGAUAGUGGCAGCUGGUACACUUUGUAUAGACUGAAGACAUGGCUUUUUACAUGUCUACCAUUAAUAUUUUUAUUAUAGUCUAAUCACUGGGUUUUCAGUACUGUUAACAUUGUUUUGGUGAGAGUAUAAAAGUCAUUAUUUCCCUGAACGUAAGUUGAACCAAGUUAAAAGCCUAAACACUGUCUGACCAAAACGUCACCACCUGGAUUAAUUUUAGCAAAGGUAAUAGGAUAUGCAUGGACUGCAUGUUGAGCAACAUUAUUGUACCUAAAGAAAGAGGCCAGCUAACUGUAUUUGAAUAUUGAACAAGGUAAUUUCCCAAACAGAUUUUUCUCUCAAACGUAUUCCAAGAUGACAAGUGUUAAUAUUUCGGCCUCAAAAUGUUUUGGGAAGAGACAGAUUCCCACUUUUUUGGCCAAACCAGAAUGCAGACCUUAAUCGCUGUGAGGAUACUGCCUGACAAAAAUGUAGCACACUAAUAUUUAGUCGAGUUGGACCACCUUCAGCCUAAGCUUUGAUUACGACAGGCAUUCGCUGUGACAUUGUCUGAUGAACUUUUGCACUGUCACAACAUGCCAUCAGAGAAGAAAAAAAUCAGUGAGUGGAAUAACCUAGUCUUUCAAUAUGUCUGAUAAUCAAAGGACCUCUUUAUCUGGGCACAUAAUGUGGCUGAACACAUGGUAAUUAGCUCAUAUAUCCUAAAACAGGAGUACAUACCCCUUUACUCUUGAAGGAUCAUAAUUUUAAGCCCUUGCAGUGUGUGGAGAGUGUAUCAUCCUACUGUACAAUCAGAACAAGUUGCACUUAGGAUUUGCAUGCUUCUUGUUGGUGGAUGCAAGCCCCUUUAAUCUCUUUAAUAAAAUAUAUCUUCCUUGAAUCCUACAACGGAAGAUGGACCUGAA